CUGUUUAAGCCUCUAUCAUCCGCCUACUCCGCUGAGCUUGCCAACUUCAUGUAUAAGUGCCAGGGCAUCUCUGCUGUUACUAAAAGGGACUUCUUCCGCUUCUUCUGGAAGGCCUGGAAUGCAACAUUCAAGGAUUCGGCAAUUCUCAAGGCUUUUGAAGUCACUGGCAUCUCGCCAGUAAACUCAGAGGCAGUACUCAAAAAAUUCAAAACAAAGGAGACUGAGAGACCAUCCUCAAGUGAAAGCUCUACAUCACAUGAAAACAAGCAACUCAAAGAAGCCUUAUUAAAUGAGAAGAAGCGUCGACAGCGCGGAAAGCCUCUGCUGCUCGAGGCAUCACAGGAGUACCAUGGUGGUGCUGUCUUCUGGUCACCAUCCAAGGCAGAGCGCAGGAAGGCAGCAAAGCAGGAAAAAGCAGACAUGCUUGAGGAGAGGCACCAUAUGAGGCUGGCGGCGAAGAAGCUUCGGAUCCAGCAACAGCAGAAGAAGACAGCUGAGCGUAAGGAAGCUCAGAUCGCUCGGGCAGCAGAAAAGCAACUCCGGCAGGACAUACAAUUGUCUAAA